GUUAUUUUGACAAUCUUGACAGAAAAGCCAAUUUUUUUGUAUAUUUUUUUAAAGAGAUGGUGAAAUUUUGGGCUUUAAUGGAUAUUUUGGGAGUUUAUUUUUAAUCAUUACUUAUAAUACAAUAAAUACAAGACAUAUCACAUAUAAAAAAGAAAUUUUCUACUGGUAUACUGAAGCAUGGAUGAAGCCGAUUUCCACUCAUCUCUUGAACCUAUGGUUAUAAUUAACGAUGAAGACAGUUCACAAGAUCAGAAUUUUAGAAACGAUGACAUUGAUCCAUUAGCGGGAGGAAAUACAGAAAAUGAUAAAAUAAUUAAUUCUAUUGGCCCUGAAAUAUCAAUAAUACCAGUAAUAGUAAAGAAAAAGAGACCUCACUUUAAAAUAAGACUAUUUGAAAAAGAAUUCUCUCCACCUAGGGAUGAUGAUAACACUAACAAAGUUCAGAGUAUUUCAAGGUCUCGUGAAAAAGUUCGACUUGUUUCAAAAGAUGAAGCCUCAAAUGUAGAAGACACAUAUGCCAAAAGGAGGUCCAAUCCAUUAGAAAAAUGUCCCAUAUGUAAAAAGUUUUUCAGACGUAUGAAAACACAUCUUUUAAAACAUGACAUUUUACCUAAAUCUCCAGAAGAACGAUUGUACUGUGCAUUGUGUCAAAAAGUCUUUAACACUCAAAGCAAUCUUGCUAUUCACAUGAGAGGUCAUAAUGGAGAUAGGCCUUAUAUAUGUGAAGUUUGUAAUAAAUGUUUUUCUCAGAGCUGUAAUUUGGUGAAUCACAUGAGAGUACACACAGGAGAAAAACCAUUUAAGUGUCCUCAUUGUGACCGUGCUUUCACGCAGUCUGGUAAUUUGAACAAUCACAUAAGGCUACAUACAGAUGAAAAACCUUUUAAAUGUCAUUUUUGUGACAAGGCCUUCGUCCAAUCUGGUAAUCUUAGUUCACACAUAAGAAAUAACCAUAAAUUUGCUGAAGGAUUUUCAAUAAUGCCUUUAUCGAUGAUCAAUUGAUUUAAUAUUUGGAAGUUUCAGUAAGUAUGGUUCAUUAUUGAAUUAAAAAUACUUUUUAUCAAUCAUAACGCUCAAAUAUUGAACCACCUUUUAUUAUUAUUCAUUUGGCAUAUCAUUUCGAGACUGCAGCAAAAUUAGAUGAGACUGUGGCUAAAAAUAAUUGAAAAAGCCUUAGAAACAAUUUUUUUUCUAGUCUUACUUUAUUUUUUUACUUGCUAGAAUUUUUACCUCUAUAUGUAUAUCAAAAUUAUAUUAUUUAAUUUAGAAAUAAGGCCAUCAAUGAAACUUUAGAGUGAGUUUGUCCAGAAAAUAAAAUAAAAAAGAGUAAAAAGAUACAUUUUACCCUUGUAAAAAAAAAGAAAAGAUUAUAAAUUGCCGUGUUUGAGAAUCCACAUCGGAUGCAUUUUUUACAUCUCGAGCGUUUUUUAUCCACAUCGGACACAUCUACUACAUCUACAUCUGCGUUUGUUUAUCCCAGAUGUACCUGUUCAGAUUACAUUUUUUACAUCUCGAUUUGAAAUGAGAUGUUCGUUCCAUGCCAGAAAAUAAGUGUUUUGUGAAGUCUUGUUUGUCAAUUUAUCCUUUGUUAUGAAUAUAAAAGUGAUUAGUUUGUUUAAUUUUUGUUUAUAUUUCAAAUUUAGGUUGAUUUGUAGUCUCAAAAGUCAAAUUUAAUAAGUAUAAACUUCUAACUUGUCAUUGACAUUUUAUCACGUGACCAAAUAAAGUCUAGAGCGUUUGUUUAUUACAUCUACAUUCAGAUCUAAUUCUCUAUCACGUGAUAAAAAAUUCACAACAUCUCAGAUGCAUCCGAUGUGGAUUCUCAAACGCGGCAAAUGAAAUUUUAUUUUAUUUUUCAAUUUUUAGCUUCUUAUUUUUUAUUUUCAAUAUUUUGAUUGUUGAUAUUUCCAUAUUUUUCAUACUUCUAUUUUAUACAAACCAUUUAAUUUUACAUUAACGAAAGUAAAUAUAAACUCGGAGAUUUAUUGCAAUAGCCCCAUAAUAAUCGAUAUAAUAUUUCUAUAUUAAAAAAGCAAAACAAGUACUCCCCAGAUGUAACAUUGACGCUAUCGGUGUUGUUCUAUUUGUUGUUAUUUUAUAUAUAUUAAUUUUUAUUUUAUUUUCUGUCUGAACUAAUAUUAAAUAAUCACAAAGUUACCAAAGAAAAUAUAACAAAUCUAGUCAGAAAUAAGUCUUUUAAACCAAAAAAGCUCAAAAAAUUAUGUAUUGAGCUGACUCUUGGAUACCAUUGUCUUCCUUCUGUAUUUAUACGUUUAUACAUUUGUAAAAAACAUGAUAUUAAAAUAUUUCGCGAAAAAUACUCUAGAUCUCAUUUACCAAGCAGUGAAAUAUAUUUUGAUUUUUUUAGAUUUAAGUAUAGGUAUGAUUAAGUUUAUUUGAACUGCGUUUUCUAGUCAUAAUAAUUACUUUUGGAUUCAAGUGUAGAAUAUGCAGAAUAGAGAAGUACUGCAUAGUGUCAAUUAUGCCAACUUUAUUUAAUUUUUCUGACAAAAAUUACAGAUAAGUUCAAUAAUUUGAAACGGUACGUUUUCAAAGGGUGUUUUAUAUAAAUAUAAAUCUAACCUUUAAUUCAACCAGGGCUAAAGGUGGGGGAUAAACAAGGAAAACAAAACAAUGGGUCCAGAAUAUCACACCUACAUAUCUACUUAUUUUUGUUAUACACUUGCCUUGAAAAUCGUCUUGUAUAUGAACCUUUUAAACUUUUGUUUGCCUGAGUAAGUUUUAAAUCGGGAGUAUGCCUUCCCAACGAUUUAAUAUGACAGUUUUCAGCCAGCGAAUGUCUCAAAAAAUUAGUUUUUAAAACAUUUUGUACACUAUUAUUCACAGUGUUUUAAAAAUUCUGUAACCUAACUAUCCGCGGAUACAAAUUAACGAACACGGAGUAAAAUAAUUUUAUAUUUCCCCAGAAGAGCUGAUAGUUUAAAUUUUAUGGGAUUUAUAUUCGUUGGAUUAGUUGUAAAAUGUGUUGCAUACAUUUUAAAUUCUUAAAAUGUAUUCUUGAAUACAUUUGAAAUUAAGAUAAAUCUAUUAUACUACAAAAUUAUAUAUUUUAAAGUAGUAUAUGUCAGAGAACUGAAAGGUCCCUAAAAUUCGCUAGAUGAAAUCAAAAAUCGAAAAAAAAAAUAAAAAUCGGUAAAUUAGAUAAUGGACAGCAGACUCACUGUCUAGACUGGAACGUGGAGUGAAAGAGAAAAUUUUCGUAGCCAUGUUUCUUGUAAAAAUUCCGUAGCUGCUUUUUCCAAGCGCAACCGAGUCACCUGAAUUGAGGGAUUUACAACUUUUAGCUUUAGGUCACGGGUAACGGAAAAUAUAUUAAACGGACUUCUAGAUUAUGAUUGGAACAACCGAAACAAAGAGAGCAGCACAUAUGAAAGUUAUAAAUAGACCUGGAAUAUAUUUUUUUGAUGUUAAAAAUAGUAUCCCAACCGCCCUUACAGACAAGCUACAUAUAGUUUUUUUACUGAAAAAAAAAUGUCAAUAGCUAUUUUACAAAAAUAUGUUUAUUCGCAAAAUUACUUUCUUGUACUACUUCAGGCGAGAAAGAAUAUUUAUAUAUCUGUGGUGGUAUUAGCAUUUUUUUUUAAAGAUUAAUAUUUUAUAUUACAAUGGUUUUAAAUGAUGGAUCUGUAAUUAUUUCCAGAAAAACAUAUUGUAAUUGCCAUCAUUGACACUAUGCAGUCCUCUAUUAUUUCCGCUUGAGAGAAUUAGGACUGUUUUAAUUUUAUAAGACUAAUUGAUCUAUUGACUUUAAAAAGACUGUAUAUUUAUUUAUAAUUUUUUUUUUGUUUAUGUGUGCAAUAAAAUGAUCUCAAACAAAAAAUUGUAAUGUGUUCAAUUAAAUUAUUUUGGAGUCAGUAAAACUGAUAUUUUGGUUUUGAUAUUGUUUGAUAAUAAUUUUAAGGUUUACUUUUUUCUGUAAAUUAGGUACCUACAUAAGCGAAAAACAUUUUUUUAUAUGUACUUUGAAUUAAAAUACUGAAAAAGUAUUACUGUAUUACUGUCAAAGUUGUACUCCCUUUGAAUUUAAGAUAAAAACUAUAUAACUUAUAGUGAAUAAUAUAUGCAGAGUGUCGACAUUAUUUUUAUACCAAAUAUCUACAAAAAUAUCCUUCCUUAAAUUUUUAAUUAUGUAUAAACUUUAUUUAUUAACUAAGCGAAAGUAAGUAUAACAUAUAUACACAUAAAAUAUUAGUAAAUUAGUUAGGAGUUGCUAAAAUUGGGAAUUCAACUAAAAAUAAAUGAAUUUUUUUAUUUUCUCCGGAAGGACAAUGACCCAAGUCAAAUCGCAAUUAAAAAAAAAGUAAUAUGAAACUUACAACUGAGACGUUUGAUUAGAUUUAGUUAGGACUUCGGGCCAUGUGGCCUCCCCCACAUCGACCUUUUUAUAUCUAUUGUAGAUAUUU